AUGCCGUUCCCGCAGACCCUCGAAGCAAAUCCAAAGGUGAUCUUCUUCACCGACUUCGACGGCACAAUCACCCUGCAGGACACCAACGACUUCAUCACCGACAACUAUGGCAUGGGCCUCGAACAGCGGCGGAAACUCUUCCACGCCGUUAUCGAUGAAACAGACACCUUCCGCAACACCUUCCAACAGAUGCUCGACUCCUGGAACAUGCCUUUCCCCAAGGUCCUGGAGAUCUUGAAGGACAACAUCUCCCUAGAUCCCGGGUUCAAGGAUUUUAUGGUCUGGGCGAGGGAGAAAAAGGUCCCCGUCAUCGUGCUGAGCAGUGGGAUGGUGCCCGUGCUAGAGACCCUGUUGAACCACUUACUCGGCGAGGAUCUGAUGAAGGAUAUCGAGAUCGUGGCCAACGAAACGCAGACCAGACCGCCCGGCAACUCUUUGGACACGCCUGACGGGUGGACGAUCUUGUUCCACGACGAAUCGGGCUUUGGGCACGACAAGUCUCUGACCAUUCGGCCCUACGCGGAGGCAAUCGCGAAGAUGCCGCACGACCAGAGACCGACGUUGCUGUAUGCCGGUGAUGGGGUGUCUGAUUUGAGUGCAGCUAGGGAGACAGAUCUGCUGUUCGCGAGGGAAGGGAAGGAUCUGGUGGUCUACUGCGAGAAGGAGGGCAUUCCGUUUACGCUGUUCAACAGCUGGCAUGAUAUCCUUAAGGAGACUCGGGAUAUCUACGAGGGGAGGAAUACGGUGAGGAAGUUGGCAGAGGAAGGCCUGAAGAGGCAUAGGACGAAUUCCAUGGAGGCGAACGGCCACGUGAAGCCGACGAUGAAGUAA